AUGCAACAUCCUGAUGACAGGAGCACAGGGCUGGGACGGACAGGCCCCCAGAUCGCCCUGUGGAUUAUCUUCUCCAGCUGUCUCUGUUUCUCUGCCGAUGCAGAGAAGCUGUUGCUGCCACCAGAAACGGUCCAGCAGUGGGCGAAUGACUUCGGAAAUCAGAUCUACUCCAUCGUAACAAAGUAUUCUGGAUCACUUCUGUUGCAAAAGAAAUUCAAAGAUGUGGAGCCAAUCAUCAAGAUUGAGGAGGUGGAUGGUUCAGAACUUGUCCUGAAGUUUGCAGAGGAGAUGGAGCGCAUGCUGGGAAGGAAGAUGAAAUCAGUUAAGAGCUUGGCAGAGAAUGCAGAGGAUGCAGAUUUAUACCAUGAUUACAACGCAUCUUUGCAGUUUGAUUACUUCAACUCAGUGCUGGUGAACACAAUGGAUGAAGAUGGAAACUAUGUAGAGCUGGGCAAGGAGUUCAUCCUUGAAGAAAAUGAACAUUUCAACAAUCUCCCAGUCAACACAUCCCUGAGUAAUAUACAGGUUCCCACUAACGUUUACAACAAAGAUCCUGACAUCCUCAAUGGAGUAUACAUGUCAGAAGCUUUGAAUGAGGUCUUUGUUGAGAACUUCGAGAAGGACCCCACCCUUACCUGGCAGUUUUUCGGCAGUUCCACUGGCUUUUUCAGAAUCUACCCAGGGAUAAAAUGGACCCCAGACGCAAAUGGCGUCAUCUCCUUUGACUGUAGGAAUCGAAACUGGUACAUUCAGGCAGCCACCUCACCCAAGGACCUGGUGAUUGUUGUUGAUAUCAGUGGCAGCAUGAAGGGACUGCGUCUCACCAUUGCCAAGCACACCAUCAACACCAUCCUCGACACUCUAGGGGAAAAUGACUUUGUCAACAUCAUUGCAUACAGUGACUAUGUCCAUUAUGUGGAGCCCUGCUUCAAAGGCACUCUAGUACAGGCCGAUCUGGACAAUCGUGAGCACUUCAAGCUGUUGGUGGAUGAACUCCAUGCCAAGGGGGAGGGAAAGGUGAAAAAGGCUUUGAAGGAGUCUUUCCGUAUUUUGAAUGAGGCAACAGCAAAUGGUCAGGGCAGCCUUUGCAAUCAAGCAAUCAUGCUCAUUACAGAUGGUGCCAUGGAGGACUUCCAACAAGUGUUCGAGGACUACAAUUGGCCAGAAAAAAGGGUACGUGUAUUUACUUACCUGAUUGGCCGGGAAAUGACCUUUGCAGACAACGUCAAGUGGAUUGCCUGCAACAACAAAGGUUAUUACACUCAUAUUUCAACAUUAGCUGAUGUGCAAGAAAAUGUCAUGGAGUACCUGCACGUCCUGAGCCGGCCAAUGGUCAUAAACCAUGACCAUGACAUCAUAUGGACCGAAGCAUACAUGGACAGUGUGCUUCCCAACACAGCAGAGCUGUUCAACACACAAGCACAGAGCCUGCUGCUAAUGACCACUGUGGCCAUGCCUGUCUUCAGCAAGAAGAAUGAAACGCGAUCUCACGGUAUUCUCCUGGGAGUGGUGGGGACAGACGUUCCACUUAGGGAACUCAUGAAGCUGGCCCCCCGUUACAAGCUUGGAGUACAUGGCUACGCCUUCCUGAACACCAACAAUGGCUAUAUCCUCUCUCAUCCUGACCUCCGACCACUGUACAAGGAAGGAAAGAAGCUGAAACCAAAACCUAACUACAACAGUGUGGACCUGUCUGAGGUGGAGUGGGAGGACACUGAUGAAAUUCUGAGGACAGCCAUGGUGAAAGGUGAGACAGGCUCGCUAUCCCUGGAUGUGAGAGCCACAGUGGAGAAAGGGAGGAGGGUUCUUUUUCUGAAAAAUGACUAUUUCUACACUUCCAUCAAUGAAACUCCAUUCAGCCUGGGCAUAGUUCUGACACGAGGCCAUGGGAAAUACAUCUUGCUGGGCAAUGUGUCCAUAGAGGAAGGCCUCCAUGACCUGAUGCAGCCUGAUGUCACUUUGUCUCAUGAAUGGACUUACUGCGAGACUGAUAUUGACCCGCAACACCGCAAAUACACCCAGCUGCAGGCUGUCAUCCGCUACCUGACAGGGAAGGAACCAGAUCUAGAAUGUGAUGAAGAACUUUUGCAAGAAGUCCUUUUUGAUGCUGUGGUAACUGCCCCAUUGGAAGCUUAUUGGACAGCAUUAUUGCUCAAUGAGACUGGUGUGGAGGAAGGCAUAGAGACAUCAUUCCUAGGGACACGAGCAGGCCUCAUGCGUAUCACCAGAUUUGUUGGCACAGAGAAGAGAGUUGCAAAGAAGUUCCUGACCAAUUCAGACAAGGAGAGUAUCUUCACCAUGGACCAUUUUCCCUUGUGGUAUCGUCGGGCAGCAGAGAACCCCCCUGGCAACUUCCUCUUCUACAUUCCCAGAGAGGACACCCGAGAUGUUUUCAAGGACUAUGAGUACGACUAUAAUGAUUCCCUCAGAACAGAGGACCUUGAGCAGGAGUACAAGGACGAUGGAAAGAUAGUCAUUGCCAGUACUGUCGUGACCGUGACAGUCAACAAGAAGGUGGCUGUUGCUGCAGCAAUCGGGGUGCAGAUGACGCUGGCCAUGCUGGAGAAAAGGUUCUGGGAAACGACCAGACAGCCCAAUGACACGGAUUGCAGCUCAGUGGAAGGCUUGUGUCCAAUCAGCUGUGACAGUCCUGAACUGAGCUGCUAUCUAAUGGAUAGCAAUGGAUUCAUUCUGAUCUCUAAGGAAAAGAAGGAGAUUGGAAAGUUCUUUGGUGAGGUGGAUGGGGCUGUGAUGUCCCAGCUGCUCAGGAUGGGCAUGUUCAAGAGGGUGACACUGUAUGACUACCAAGCCAUGUGUAAAAGCAGUCACCACCACACCAGCAGCGCGCGGCCUCUGCUCAGUCCCUUCUACGGGCUGAUGUCAGCCUUGAAAUGGUUCCUCACUAACUUCAUGCUGUUCUUGCUAGAGUUUAACAUCUGCGGCUUGUGGCACUCAGACCAUCUUGCAGAGGCGAAGGCUGUCUUUCAUGCAUCUCACAAGCACAAGAAGCUGGACGUGAUGCAGCCGUGCGAUACAGAAUACUCCAGCUUCGUCUACGAGCCCUCCGUCAAAGAGACUAACAGCUUCGUCCAGUGUGCAAUGUGCCAGAAAAUGUUUGUGAUGCAGCAGAUUGCCAACAGCAACCUUCUCAUGCUGGUGAUCCAAGGAGAAUGUGACUGCGCCCGCCGGUUCCCCCCCAUUACCCUGGAGCCCAAGGAGGUCAAAUAUAAUGCUUCGGUCAAAUGCAACAGGAUGAAAUCACAAAAAAUUCGUCGGAGACCAGACUCUUGUCACUCCUUCCACCCUGAGGAAAAUGCCAAAGACUGUGGUGGAGCAUGUCAGAUUUCCAUGUCUGUGGCUUUGUUCCUGGCCUCCCUCACAGCCUCAGUGGUCCUGCGGUGACAAGAUCACUUCACACUCCCCAGCCCCAUGAGAUUUUCUCAAGGAUUAAAGUAGCUGAACAGGGGAUGGACACUUUUUUUGUUUGUUUUUAACUAAGUUGGAUGCAAUGCAACACAGCAGUGGAAAACUCCAGAAAG